ACACCCUAAAAUUUCAAAUUUUCAGAUCGAAAUGGCUAAGAACUUUUUCUCCGGAACCAGCUUGAGACUUAAGGAUGGGACUAUGGUAGAUGCAGGAGAGCACUUGAAAGGAAAGAUUGUGGUACUGUACUUCUCUGCAAGCUGGUGCGGGCCAUGCCGUCAGUUUACUCCAAUCAUGAAGGAGCUGUAUCAGCAGAUUGCUGCAACAAAUCAACCCAUUGAGGUGAUUCUGUUGUCGAGAGACUACAUGCGAUUCCAGUUGGAUGAGUACUAUGAGAGCCAUGGAUGCUCAUGGGGUGUCGUUCCGUUGAGAGACCCCAUUAUUGAAAAGUGUUUGGAGAAGUAUGAUGUGAAGGCUUUGCCGUCGUGCCGAGUUGUCGAUGAGUUUGGGAAUUGUAUUGAUGCUAAUGCUCGUCAAAGUGUUGAGUUCUACCGCGAAAAAUAUAAAAUGGCCGAACUCUUCAACAAAUGGACGGAAAAGGGAAAUCUCGAGAGAAUCCGUGCAUAAAUUAUCAUCCUCUGAAUAUCAAUCUCAUUUAGUCUUUCAACACUUUAUUCUCCCUUUUGAACCAUUUAACACCACCACCAUCACCACUCCCGUCUAGUCUUUCGCAUAAUUUUUCCACUUCCAUUCUCAAUUUACACUUAAAAUUUAUUACUUUUUAUUCAUGUACAUCAAAUAUAAAAAUUCUUUUAAAAUUCAAAAAAA